AUGAUCGUCGAAGGUGGGAGCCUUGCUGGCCAAGACUUGACAAAGCGCGCGCUGAACGAAAAAAUUGACAAACUAUUCGCGUGUGGCGUGGGAAAAUAUGUGAACCUCCCCCAACUUGUUGUGGUUGGUGACCAAUCGAGUGGCAAAAGUUCUGUCUUGGAGGGCUUGACCAAGUUGAACUUUCCACGAGACAGCGGGCUAUGUACUCGCUUCGCAACUCAGAUCAUUUUCCGUCGUGAGCCAAGUCUGAGGGAUCGAGAAAUUUCUGCUUGCAUAAUCCCCACCUCGAAUCUCGAUGCAAAACAGGACCAAAAAGUCAGAACCUGGAAGGCCUCCGGGCUCCAGUCUCUCAGUCCGCAGGAGUUCUCCCGAAUGAUGCACGAGGUACACGAGAUAAUGGGCCUGUCCUCUGAAGAUGACGAUGGAAAGCCGACUUUCUCAGACAACGUGUUAGAGCUUGAGAUCAAAGGCCCCGAUGAAAGUCACCUCAGUAUCAUCGAUGUGCCGGGAAUCUUCAAGAACACUACCUCCGGGCGUACCACAAAAAAUGACAUUGCCAUGGUCAGAAGCAUGGUCCUCGGAUACAUGCAGAACCCUCGCUCCAUCAUGCUUGCUGUUGUCCCGGCAAAUGUGGAUAUUGCCACACAGGAAAUCGUUGAGAUGGCCCGCGACGAAGACCCCCAGGAAUUGAGAACGUUGCGAAUCCUCACCAAGCCUGACCUUGUCGACGAGGGAGCUGAAGGUAAAAUAGUUCAACUCAUCAACGAUGGCAAUGCUAAAGGGCAGCUUGGCUGGAUUCUUGUUCGGAACUUAAGCCAGAAGCAAAUGUCUAAUGGGAAUGUUGACCGUGAUACGGAAGAAGCACUGUUUCAUCACACGUCUCCCUGGAAUCAAGUGGUUCCUGAAAACUACGGUAUCGGCGCGCUCAAGGCCCGCCUCCAAGAGUUGCUCACAGCCACCGUGCGCCGGGAGUUUCCCUCUGUUCGCACUGAAGUCAUCAAAAGACUUAGGGAGUCCAAGGAAUCAUUGGAAUCCCUUGGAGCGCAGCGAGAUACACCGGAACAGCAGAGACGUAUUAUUUUGGAGAUUGUGUCCGCAUUCCAAGACAUUACCCGACAUGCAACUGCUACCAACUAUGGAGCUCAUAAAAUUUUCGACGAGAUAAACUGUUCUCGGCUGGCCACCCAUAUCUCCUCCAGAAACUCUGUGUUUUCCGAUGAUCUCGAGUCAUCUGGCCACUUGUUUGAAUUCGCUUCAAUGGUUGAAGAUCAGUCUUUAAACUCAGUCAAUCCUAAGGCCAGUUCGCAGCAGGAUCAAAUUAUGAUAGAAAGCCGAAAGUCGACCGGGGUUCAUGAUCUCCAAGAAAUUCUUGUUGAAACUGAAGAGAUCGAGGCCUCCUUUAAGUCGGCCAUUCUCCCAUGGAUCAAGGACAUUUAUCAAGCUUCUCGGGGCUUUGAGAUUGGUACCUUCAACCACACGUUGCUAUCAACUCUCAUGAGAAAGCAGACAGUGAAAUGGCCUGUUUUGGCUUGGGGAUAUGUCAGCGAUAUCAUCAAUUAUGUUCACGCCUUCAUAAGUGAAGUUCUUGAUGAUAUUUGCAACAAUCACCAACUAUUUACUGGCAUCAUGUCAGCCCUCAGGGAUGACCUCUUCUCCGCUUAUCGUCGAGGCAUGUCAAUGAAUAAAUUCUUGUUGGAAGUCGAGCGGGGAGGAACCCCGAUGACAUUGAACCACUAUUUGAAUGAUAAUCUCGAAAGAUCUCGACAAGAGAGAUUCAAUGCUGCCAUCGCCGACAAGGUCUUCGAUAACUUUUCACAGGGAGAGGUCGUGCGGCUCAGCGACCUUACUGCCCAGCACAACAUGAGCAACUUGGAUCAUACUGUCCAGGACAUUCACGAUAUCCUGGAAUCCUACUACAAAGUGGCUCGCAAAAGGUUUGUUGACAAUGUUUGCAUGCAAGCAGUUGAUUGUCACCUCGUGACUGGGCCUGAAGCACCUAUGAAACUCAUAUCACCGACUUGGGUGAAUGACUUAUCUAACGAUGCAUUGGAAGAGAUAGCCGGAGAGGAUGUGGGUUCCAAACGAAGACGGAAACAGUUGCAGAAGGAGAUUGAGGAUUUAGAGACCGGAAGAAGAAUUCUCUGGACAUGA